UGGGAAGCAAGAAUAUUUGGAAAUGACGAUUUGAGAUAAUCAUAUUUGAUUGUUCCAUUUUGUAGAAAUUCUCCCGUUAUUCGUUUUUCUUCUCACAGUUUAACAAACAUUAGAUCUCUCUGCCUUGGAAGCUUCAUUUCUUCAUGUCUGGAUCGGAAUGGAGGCACUGUUGGAUUCUGCCUCCGCGGGGACUUAAACAAAUCUAGAGCAAAAGAGUAGGAGGGUUCAUCCACACGCUCUACAGUCUACGGGGUCUGAAUCUGUCUGCGGGCGUUGGUGUUAUUUGGUCCAUCCCUUUCAUUUUCCUUUUUCUUUUCUCAACUCGCCUUCUCGGUCGCUUCUCAGCCCACGCCAACCAUUAUCCUUGUUCCAAUUAUACCAACUCUACAUCCACCGACAUCUUCCUAUAAAAAUCACAGCAACAGGAACAGGACAAGAGACCCACCCACGCACGUUGACCUUGUCAUUGACACUUGGGAGUUCCCUUCCCUUUUGCCACUUUGCCAUGGCCUUCCUCAAGUGCCUUGCAUUCAAAAUUAGACGCAGAUCCAAGCGUGUUGUUAUCGAUCACCAGGAGCAUGGUGAGAAACGGUCUGGCAAUGGAAUCACUGACAGUAAUUGGCAUGAGCUUGAUGAUCAGAAGCGGAGGGAUAACAGUCCCGUCAGGAAAUUCACCUGGGACGAGGUUGAGAGGGUGACUAUGAACUUCUCCAAGGUGAUUGGAUCUGGAGGGUUCAGCACAGUCUAUCUGGCUAACUUGCCGGGCUCCAGUGUGGCCCUGGGCCUGGGGGCAGUCAAGAUCCACACUGGCAGCGAGCGUCUCAACCAAUUGUUCAAGCAGGAACUAGACAUCCUGCUCCGUCUUCGCCAUGAAAAUAUCGUCAAGCUUCUUGGCUACUGCGAUGACGGAAAACAAGGGGCCAUGGUAUUCGAGUAUGUUCCCAAAGGAAGCUUGCAAGAGAAGCUCCAUGAUGCAGAAAGGGAAUCGCCAGUGAUUUCGUGGAGAAGCCGCAUGACCGUAGCCUUCCAGCUUGCGCAAGCACUUGAAUAUUUGCAUGAAAAAUGCACCCCCCAGAUUGUUCACGGCGACAUCAAAGCUUCAAACAUCCUGCUGGACGAGCAUCUCAACUGCAAGCUCUGCGAUUUCGGGUUUGCGAAGAUGGGGUUUGCUUCGACUGUACAACCGCCUUCAUCUUCUCCAUAUUCUUCGUCUUCUUCCUCCUCUCCCUUAAGGAUAAAGCAAGUGAUGAUGGGCUCCCCUGGUUACACUGAUCCCCACUACCUGAGAACGGGAAUAGCCUCAAAGAAGAACGAUGUUUACAGCUUUGGUGUCGUCCUUCUGGAACUAGUCACGGGGAUGGAGGCCUUCUGCUCUGAAAGGGGGCAGUUUUUGACAUCUAUACUGAGACCCAAGCUGAGGAACGUCACUGAAUUGGGAGCUAGGGAGGUGGCGGAAAUGGUGGAUCCACGGCUAGCUUGGGACUAUGACCUGGAAGAAGCCAUAGCCAUCCUAUCCAUCUCAGCCCUGUGCCUUGGCCAGUCGCCCAUCCUCAGGCCUUCUGCUACUUGCAUCUUGCAAUCUUUUAAGGAGAACAUCUCUUCCAUCUCCAUCCUAUUCCUACAGAAGAAAUUUGGUUCAAUAAAGAAAUCUAACUACCUAUAGUUAAGCCAUGAUCGACAUGAUUGAUAGGGAUGGUCGACCAUGGCGAUUCUAUCUCAGUUUUCACUUCUCUUAUAAUACUUGUAACUUGAUUCGUUAGAAGCAGCGGUUAACAAGCUGCGUUACAUCA